CUGUCUAUCACAGACAGUUGGUAAACACAGCACUGUACCUUUCCUCUCAGUGUGCUUGGAGUCCCUGCUCCGGAUCACAGCUCUCAAGCCAUGGCUUUCUGGGAAGCAGUUCUCUACGUACUGCUAGCCUCGAUUCUCUGUGGGCUCUAUCUCCUGGGAGCGUUUCGAAGGAGGAGACCGCAGGAGCCUCCCCUGGAUAAGGGCUAUAUUCCAUGGCUGGGGUACGCACUAGAUUUCAGAAAGAACAGCGCAGAGUUCCUGAAAAAGAUGCAGAAGAGACAUGGGGACAUUUUCACUGUGCUGAUUGGAGGCUACUACUUCACCUUCGUCAUGGACCCCUUCUCGUUCGGCACCAUUGUGAAGGCGCCCAGAGCCAAACUCGACUUCGAGACGUUUGCGGUAGAACUGGUCAUCAGGGUUUUUGGGUAUCACCCGUGUCAAAAAGACCAUAAGACCAUUCAGCUGGCCAGCACAAAACACCUCAUGGGCGAUGGGCUCGUGGUCAUGACCCAGGCCAUGAUGGAGAAUUUGCAGACCCUCCUGUUUCACAACAGGGGUUCAGGAGAAGAGGAGAGACCCUGGCAGCAGGAUGGACUCUUCCACUACAGCUACAACAUUGUCUUCCGAGCUGGCUACCUGGCUUUGUUUGGAAACGAGCCGGGGAAAGGGACACAGCGUGAGGAGAAAGCCCAGAAGCGUGAUCUCGCCCACUCCGAAGAGCUGUUUAAUGAGUUCCGGAAGUACGACCGCCUCUUCCCCCGCUUGGCCUACGCUGUGCUGCCCCCCAGGGAUAAAAUGGAAGCAGAGAGGCUGAAGAGGCUCUUUUGGAAGGUGCUUUCUGUGAAGAACAGCUAUCAGAAGGAUAACAUCAGCGGGUGGAUAAGUGACCAAGAACAGUUCCUGGCAGAGGCCGGGAUGCCUGAGUACAUGCGGGAUCGGUUCAUGUUUCUGCUUCUCUGGGCAGCUCAAGGUAACACAGGCCCAAGCUCCUUCUGGCUCCUCUUGUAUCUCAUGAAACAUCCCGAAGCAAUGCAGGCUGUGAGGAAAGAAGUGAACACAGUUUUAAGAGAAGCUGGUCAGGAAGUAAAGCCAGGCAGUCCUGUGGUGACCAUCACCAGGGACAUGUUAAUGAAGACCCCAGUCCUGGACAGCGCUGUGGAGGAGACCCUGCGCCUCACGGCAGCCCCUAUUCUGAUCAGAGCAGUGGUUGAGGACCUGAAUCUCAGGAAAGUGCAUCCUGAGCCCCACACCUUCAAAUACAACCGGUUCCUGAACGAAGACGGCACCAAAAAAGAUUUCUACAAGAAUGGGAAAAAACUGAAAUAUUUUAACAUGCCCUGGGGUGCAGGCACCUCGAUCUGCCCUGGGCGGUUCUUUGCUGUCAAUGAAAUCAAACUGUUUGUGUUCCUGAUGGUGGCUUACUAUGACUUGGAGCUAGUUAACGAGAAAGAGGAGAUCCCUCCGAUAGACGUAAGCCGAUGGGGAUUUGGUUCCAUGCAGCCCACUCACGAUGUCCAGUUUAAAUAUCGGCUACGUAUUUAAUUUGAAAAGGUGACUCCCUGCUGUUGUAGCCCUGUUGCAUACUGACUCCAUAAUUCAGCCAGGAGGGAUUGAUUUCUCAGUUUGAAUUUCUGUCAAAUUUCUGUCAGAGAUUGGUCUGUGUAAAAAUCUCCCCAAAGUGGCAUGGCCCAUAAGAUGAUUGGCAUGACCUUUCUCUUCAGUUGACAACACAGCACCACUCAAAACUUUAAUCAACAGGGUGGUCUGACUUGGAACUCUCAGAUUGCAUCAGAAACGUCCCCGUUUCCCAUUGCAGAAUUGUAACAAGCUAUGUAAAUGAACAAACAAAAGGAACAGGAGUAAGCCCAAUACUUAUUCUUUUCUUUGUCUUCUCUGUCCUUAUGUUUCUCUUCUUUUUCUCUCUUGUUUUUUCUCUUCUUUUUCUUUCUUUGCUUUUUUUCCUUUUUAUCCCUCCCCCAGCAAGGGGGGGGGGGGGGAGAUCCAUGAAAUUUUAAUAGAUUGAAAAGGGGUCUGUAUGCUCAAAAAGGUUGGGAACCACUGAGCUAGAGAAAAGUGUUCCAGGGAUUAGUUUAAAAUUGUUGUGACUAUAAUACCAAUGUGCUUUGAUAAAUGUUAUUCUUCUGAAAAGAAUGCUGUCAGCCUAUUUAGGUCCCAAUAACUCCUAUUUUUAAAGCAGAGAUUGUAUUAGGAAUAAAUCUGGCAAUUUGACAUACUGGCAUUUUCCUAGGACUCACUUUUCUGCUCCCAAUAUUGCGCUCAAUAAGAAAAAAGAACAAUCCAGAGGGGUGUCAGUUGCAUUUGGCCACUCCAUUUAAUUGAGCAGGGAAGGAGCUUUCACAAAUACAUCAGAGCAAAAUGUGCUGCAUGUCAAACUUUCAGAAGUGCCUAAACCCCAUUUUCAUUAACUUAGCUACCUAUGGGGAGAAUUUUAAAGUAUUUUUGAAAACGUAACUGCUUUUGAAUAUUUGACUACUAGAAAAGUAGUUCCAUUAGUAAGUUAGGAGGGGAAUAAAAUUAAGCAGGAAUCACAACUCAAUGAGAUAUUUUAGUGCCUUUUCUAAAUCUACCCUCAGGAAUGAAAGUCUACAAUUAGGAAACAAUGAAAGAAAAACUUUUAAAAACAGUUCUUGAUAAAAAAAAAAAAAAUGGGAAAAUCUGAACAUACACAAAUCAGCCAGUCCAGACAGGUAAAAUUUUCCCCCAAUUCCCCUCAUCCCAUAUAUUACUUAAUUAUUGAUUUAACAUUUCCCCAUGAUUUUACUAGGAAUGGAAAUUAAAUGUAUUGGGCAUUUAUGCCUAGUAUGGACAUAGUAAAUUGUUUUGUUUUUCCAGAAUAUUGCCCCCAAACAAAACCCCAUCAACUUCAGAAUAAAAAUCUAGUAAGAGUCUGUCGACAAAAGACCAAAAUCACAAACAGGCGAGGCAUAGAAGCGUAUUAAAAAUUGUUUAUAAUUUAAGAGAGGCCCCCAAAACCAAACACCUUUAAUAUGGGGGUAGGGCUGGAGUUGGAGCCAGAGCAGAGUAGCUAUGUCCCAGCUCCUCUGUCGUCCCCCACCCAGCCAUGGCAGGACCUAGCUGCCAGAGAAGAUCCCAGCCCUUUCGCCACAUGGCUGCGGCAGGCCCCAGCCCCCAGACUGCUGGAACAGGCCCUGCCCCCCAUCACACGGUGAGUCCCAGCUGCUGGGCCCCCCCACCACGAGGCCCCAACCAGGAGCAGCCGCCUGCUGUGCCAUUCACCUUCCAGCAGGAUGGUAAGUGCUGCUGCACAGCUCUGCAAACAAGGUGGGUGGAGGAGAAUUUUUUGUGCACAGCUGCACAGGCACGCCCCUUGCAGGGAGCUAUGGGUUGGAGAGCAUUGAACAGAUGUCUGAAAGUUCACUAGGAGCACUGUCUAAUAGCAGGUGUCCUAGCAUGCUGAGUCAUUACAGAUUACAGUGCAGUGCAGUAGAAACCAGUUGGUUUUUCCCACCUUCCGUUACACAGUUUUCCCUUUUACCCAAGUAACCAGUGCACAAAGAUCCAGAAGCAGACGAUUUCUCCUGUAGGCACUAGAUGGCAAUGCAGCCCUACCAUUUCCUAGUCUCCGGAUUAUCUACGUUUUUGAUGAUCUGAUUUGGCCUGGGUCCAGACUGGAUGCAAUAAACAGGGGCCGACUGUGUAAUAGACAAAAUAACUGAUUUUAUUGGCAUUUUAUUAAUUUUAAGUCAUUAAAGGGCAGCCACUUCUUAGCCCAGACUGAAAUCUUACCCAGUUUCUAAAUCAAAGUGAGCUUCGUGAGAUGCAUUUGUUUUGUAAAAAAAAUGACAUUCUUGCAAACAAUUUUCAUCCCAGUUGAUUCAUGGUUACAAAAAAUACUUGUUUAAUGUUCAUGGCAUUUUCCAAAAGAAAACUGUUUCCAUUAAAAGGUUCCCACCAUUUCAA